GAGCGCGGCCGGCCUCGGCCUGGGGCAGCCCGGCGGGUUUUUCACUCGGCACGGCUAACGAAGGGCAGCCAGGGGCUGAAAUUGGGGUAUGCAGGGGACGGGAGGCAUUCAGGCAAAAAGGCAGGACAGAACUGGCCAGUGGAUCGAUAAACAGCCGAAGUGAAGAACUAGAGCCAGCCCUUGCGUCCUACCCCGGAAACAGUGACAAACUUUGAACAGAUUUUAGAUUUAUUUCAAAAAAGAGAGCUUGGCAGUAGGGGAGGAGGCGGGAGGAGUUGAGCAGAAGAGUUGUGCAGUUCGGGAGAUGGUGUUUGGGCUCCAGCGAGAGCGAGGAUGGCCGCAGGUGUGGCGGGAAGAGAACGUGUCAGGGAUGAUGACUGCGGUGUUUCUGGCAUGAGGAACUGGAGGCUGGAGGUGCCAUUUGUCAAACUGGACAGUGGAGGAGGAGCGAGUCGGGUUGGAGAUCCCCGAGGGGCAGCUGGGCUUCUGAGUGGAACUCCAAGGUGGGCUGAGUGGCGUCUUCCAGUCAUGGGCGUUUGGGUGGUGUUUCACACCAUCUCCCUCGGUUUGAUCAAGGUGCUCAGAUACUGGAGCCAGGUAUGGGAUUGUGAAGAGUUCCAGAGCCCGGGCUCAGCAUCCACUGCCGUGGAGCCUCUACCCUUGGGUGGGUUAUGAGCCAACCUGCGAAGUUGGGCCCAAAUUCCAAGGGCAGAGCACUGGGAUGGAUCUAUAGACCACGUUCCUGUGGGCUGUGUGUCCCCCUGGCUCAGGGAUUGUUUUCCUCCAGGUCCUCUUCACCAUGGCCAGGCGCCCCCGGAGCAGCAGGGCGUGGCAUUUUGUCCUCAGCGCAGCCCGGCGAGAUGCGGAUACCCGGGGUGUGGGUCUGGCAGGGACUCCUAAUUGGGGAUACGACUCUGAUGGGCAGCACAGUGACUCAGAUUCGGACCCAGAGUACUCAUCUCUGCCGCCAUCUAUCCCCAGCGCUGUGCCUGUGACCGGGGAGUCCUUCUGUGAUUGUGAGGGCCAGAGCGAGGCUGCCUUCUGUAGCAGUCUGCACAUGGCCCACCGUGGCAAGGACUGCAGCUGUGGAGAGGAGGAUGAGUAUUUUGACUGGGUCUGGGAUGACCUGAACAAGUCAUCGGCAACCCUGCUUAGCUGUGAUAACCGCAAGGUCAACUUCCAUAUGGAGUACAGCUGUGGUACUGCAGCUAUCCGAGGCACCAAGGAGCUGGGCGAUGGCCAACACUUUUGGGAGAUUAAGAUGACUUCACCUGUCUAUGGUACUGACAUGAUGGUGGGCAUUGGGACAUCAGAUGUGGACCUGGACAAGUAUCAGCACACGUUCUGCAGCCUGCUUGGCAGGGAUGAGGACAGCUGGGGCCUGUCCUACACAGGGCUUCUCCAUCACAAAGGUGACAAGACAAGUUUUUCCUCGCGGUUCGGCCAGGGCUCCAUCAUUGGUGUGCAUCUGGACACCUGGCACGGGACACUGACCUUCUUCAAGAACAGGAAGUGCAUAGGGGUGGCAGCUACCCGACUACAGAACAAGAAGUUCUACCCAAUGGUGUGCUCCACAGCAGCCAAGAGCAGCAUGAAGGUGAUCCGUUCUUGCGCCAGCAUGACCUCCUUGCAGUACCUGUGCUGCUACCGCCUGCGCCAGCUGCGACCAGACUCAGGGGACACCCUUGAGGGCUUGCCUCUGCCACCUGGCCUUAAACAGGCACUGCACAAUAAGCUGGGCUGGGUCCUCAACAUGAACUGCAGCCUCCACAAGCCUGCUGUGUCCUCACCCAGGGUGGUGGACCUGACCAGCCCCAACAGUCCAGAGACCAGGCCCUGCCAGAGAAAGCGCUGCCGACGGAGCUGACUUAUUUCUUGAAGACUGCCUUCUCAGCCUGUGACUGGCAUUCUCCAUCCCUGCCCUCCAGCUACCCAUCAGGCAGGAGAGAGGAAAGCUGGGCUGAAAUCUAUCUGGGGUUGUCUCAUCUCCCCCAGGGCCAGGACAGUCUUUGCACAGGAGGUCCAGGGCCCCAGGCUCUCAAGUCCACUUAGCUGCCUGUGCUGGGCAGGGUAGAAGCCAUACCUGUGCCCCCAGCAUCUCCCUCUUGAAUGCCCUGGGUGCAGCACCCUGAACACCUCUGGACCCAGACUGUGGGCCUGGAAGGCUGGGGUGGGCCAGGGUGCAGGCGUCUGCUGCCCCGGGGAAGAGAAAGGCUCGGGUGGAGCUCAGUUCAUUCUGUUCCUGCCGGACCUGGAUUUUUUCUUAGCUCGCUUUGCAUGUUAUCAGCUGCUGCUCCUGUCACAGAGACUUUAAUAACUGUAUCAAAUACUCAUACAGCUGUAAGAUUAAAGAGUCCACCUCAAGGCC